UCAGCUUAGGGUGGGAAAUAUGAGUCAGGUGAUUUAUUUUCUUGUUUCCUGGGAGAUAAAUAUGUUUAUGGGCAGUUUAAAGGGAUUCAGAAUUUUAGACAUGUGAUGGAUUCGUGGUUUUGAGCUGCAGUCCCUCUGUCAUCUGCCUGUCAAUACAAUGUGCUGUAACACUGCCUUCUGCAAUGUCAGCAAAGAAAAAAGUGAUCAAAAGAUCUGUCAGCAAAGAAGCAAUUACACUACUCACCACCAGAUCAUCAGAACUUAAUCUUUGAACAGCUAAGGAUGCCAGACAAAUUAGUCCACCCCAUAAUACUGUCCCACUUGAAUUCAUAAAGUGUAUGGCAGAAGGAGGAAAGGCCCUGGUUAUUCUAGUCUAUGAGUUUAAAAUACUCAUGGCUGCAAUACUGUAGAUAUGAGUGUGCUGCAUAGCAAGCUGGUUACUCAUAGCUACAGUGUUGUAGAUACGACACUUCUGCAUAGCAAAUGCGUUUUAGACAAGCACUAAAGCCAAGAAGUUUGGCACUAACCAAAAGAUUAAUGAAAUACUGAUCAUCAGUAACAACCCUCAUUCUCCAUGAUGAGAUAUUAUCAUGAUUCCAAUAUAAUUAAAAAGAGCUGUAUGUGCUGAUUUCUGGUUUAGCAGAUCAAUAUUGCAAAGCGAGUAUAGUGAGUGAGUGGCCAAGCUGAACUCUAAAUAUAGACUGCGAGGGGCAGUCUGUUUCACAGCUAUCUUCAUGGGUACUGCAGGACUCGGCAGGCUCCUAUGGGACUAAAAGUAGAGAGAGGAACUGCAGAACAACUUUUCUUCACAUGAUUUUCAUUGGCUGAUUUCUUCCAUACUGGCACAUUACCUGAAUGCAAUUAUGUUAGACAAUGGAGAAGCCUUCUUUGGAAUUUAACCUGCCUGAUAGUCAUGAAGAAGGAAAACUUUAUGUGGUUGAUUCCCUAAACAACCUAAACAAGCUAAAUGUUUGUCCAGAUGAAUCCCAACAUUCACUAGAUGAGGAAGAGAACACUGGUGGUACUGCAGAAAGUACAGCAGGGAGCCAUGCAAGAAACCAGCGUUUGUUCUUCGUCACCUUUAUUCUUACUUUGACCGUCAGUUUGGCACUUGUUUCAUUUGUAAUAUUCUUAAUAUUUCAAACUAGAAAUGAAGUGGACCAAAUAUCAAGCAGACUACUAUCUGAAAAGAAGAACAUAGAAGAGCUGAAGAAACUUAACAGUAUUAUAUUAAAGCAUCUGAAUCAAUCCAGAAUUAAGGAAAAGCCUUCUGAUCUUCGUGAUUACCUCUUUACCCAUGCUGAGAUCAAAGUCCCUGGAGAAUAAAUCUCCUUUGGAAAGAAAUUCAGCAUAUUCAUAAUUCAGACAUGUUCACAUAUGGCACACAAGUUGCUGAAACAUGGUUGCUGAUACAUUGCUGGAAAAGCCAGCUGAAUGAAAAAUAUUAGCAAUUAGUAUUUUACCCUGUUUUAUGUGGACAUAGAUUUGUAAUACUAAGCCCAUAGGAUUCACAAUAAACCAUGGAUUGUCAGUCUGGGGCAAACUUCCAGAUUCCCUGUGCAUUGUAAAUCACAAGGGUAAGGGCCUAGUUUUACUUUAAAUGUAAGUGAAUGAUCACAGAAAACCACGAGUUCUAUUCACAUGAUUUCAGCAUGACCUUGUUCACUUAAUCAUUCUUCUGUAACCUUUGUACAAGCUUUCUGUUUGUUUCUAUUACUAUUUGUAUUUAAGGAUAACUUCAGAUUUCAUAACUUAUAAAUAAAUCAAUUUCUGGUCUAGA